GGAGGGCUGUGGGAUGUCAUGCGUAAAGGAGAUUCCCAUUGGAUGCAAAGAGAGAAAGAAGACCACUAUAUAUGCCUGAUUCUGAAGCCAUCUUGGUCAGACUGUACACGCUCUGGAACGUGAGCUGUGAUUAUUGCUAAGAACUCACGUAAACAGCUAUGCCUCAAUGUUUUCUUAGUGAAUGCAGCAGUGUGCAGGUGCACAAACUGUCACAAUGUUUAGAUGGACAAUGGACAAGAGUGGCUUUGGAAAGACCUCUAUAAACAGUGGGAUGAUGUCCUUCAAGUUGAAGUGGCUAAUUGUGAUCCAGCUCCUGCUUAAUGAGCAGGCACUGUGCAGGGUACCACCUCCUUUGGUGCGGAGGAGCAGUCUGUUUCAAGAAACUCACACCCCUAAAGAAACAGAAGAGACAAUCAAACAGGAUCAUCACCCUCUGCUGGAAACCCAGUCCUUGCCUACUCCUUCAUCCACAUACAAAUCUGUACCAGAUUCACCAGUUCCACAAAAAGAGGAAAGGGUCCACUCUGCUCAACGAAUGACAUCAAUCCUCAGGGCAAAGCUUCAAGGGAAGAUUAAAAAUAAUCCCCUCACUCAAGGGAAUGUCAGCUGUGAGGAAGUGCUGUCUGCAAGCACGUUGGAUGAUCCAUUAUCUUCAAUGUUCCCUCAGGAGCUGCUGGGUCUCUCUUUAGUGCCUGUGUUGGUGGUGGCAGGCUGCCCAAAGGAGGCUCAGACCCUUGUGCUGAAGCUUUAUGAUUUGCUAGGAGAGGCUGAUACAGAGGAGCUCCUGAUGGAGGUGGAGGCUCUCAUAGAGCACAGGAUGAGCAAGUUUGCAUCUACACCAGCACCUGCAUCAGCAGCAGAGAGAGAUGAAAUGAGGCACCAUAUGGAUGCUGUGAUGUUUAAUAUUGAGCAACUGGGUUUGGCGGGAGCAGGCACCUCUAUGCAGGAUGCCCAUUGUGAAGGUUGGACCAGGGUAAAUGGAACCAUGCUGGUGGGUAGCGUUGUGGAAGGAACCACAGGUGGACUGGAGGAUGCUGUGAGCAGCUGUGAAAGACUGGGGAUUUUGUGUGCUGGCGUGACCAGUGGUGGCCAUCUUACACCUGGGAUGUACCAAGCAGUGCUAAAGAAAGGUAGCCGCAUUUUUCCAUCUUCAUCCCCUCAGACUGAAUCAUGGAUCCGCCAGUGCAGUGCCAAGGAUGAUGUUUUGAUCCCCACAGCUUUAGGUCAACGAAUGAAGCGCAGCCCUCAGAGGAACUGUAUCAACAAAAAUGAGGAGCAAGUGUAUAACGUAGUGGAGUGGAUUCCUGGAGUCAGCACUCUCUACAACCUUGGGACAGCUGUGUACUAUGCCUCAGUCAACUGCUCUGCAACAGCUAAGGAAAGAGCCAUCCUCAGUGCUGUUGACCUUGGAACAGAUGCCCUGAUGGUAGCCACAGGUGGGACUGCUGGGGUGGCAGGCUAUGCUUUGGGUGCAGGAGUGAAGACAGGCGUAAAAGCUGGAGUCAGGUAUCUGCUCAACUCCAUGAAGGAAGAGGAUGAUGUGCUGGUGAACCAGUUUAGCAGAGAGGAUGGCAUCAUCACCAUCCAGUAGACUAAAAGAUCCAUAAAUCAACUGCUGAAGCUUUUUUAAAUAAAUGUUGCCAUAUUUAGAUACAUCUUUAAAUUGAGUUUAUCUAAUCUAGGUUACUUAAAAUGCCAGUAUACACAUUAAUGUAUUUUAAUUGACUAUCAAGCUACGUUUUUGUGACUUUUGUGCUCAAAACUAAUAUCACAUAACUGAGCUUAAAAGCUAUUUAAGCUGUUACAUGUCAUUGCAACCUUUGUUUUCACAAUUUACACUAACAAUGUAAGGACUUCAGU